CUUCUUAACCAAUCUUCUAGCCGUAUGAUCCCCUGUUUUUACUCUUCCCCAUCGCCAGAUCAACGGUGCCAUUACUCUCUUUCUCCCCUCUCACUUCAGAGACCUGGCAAAGAGAGGAACGACACAACGGGGUAGACACGACGAAGAAAAGAACCUCAUCUUUCGGGUAAAAAAGGGAUCUUUCCGUUCCAUUCAUCUACCCCUUUUCCUCUUUCUUGCCUUCUUUACGAAUCCCUGUUCGGAAUUUUCAGGAGGGUUCUAAAAUCUUGAUCGCUUCUUUGUUUUGGCUUAGUGGGUUUGUCUUAAUUUCUACAGAUUUUGUUCUUGUGAAUGGAUUUGGAUAGUAUUGAGUGUGUUUCAUCUUCAGAUGGUCUUGAUGAAGAUGAGAUCCAUCUGCAUCACACUCUUCAUCCUUAUUCUCUUUCUCACCAUCAUCCAGAGUUGUCAGCGACGAAGCCUCGUAAUGGAAGCAAUAAUAGCGGUAUAGCAGUCCCCACUGCGACUGCACCCGCUACUAGCGUCCAUGAAUUGCUUGAGUGCCCUGUUUGUACCAAUUCUAUGUACCCUCCCAUUCAUCAGUGCCACAAUGGACAUACCUUAUGUUCUACAUGUAAAACACGGGUUCAUAAUCGUUGCCCUACUUGUAGACAAGAGCUUGGAGAUAUUAGGUGCCUAGCAUUGGAGAAGGUGGCAGAAUCACUUGAAUUGCCUUGCAAGUAUUAUUCGUUGGGGUGCACUGAGAUAUUCCCAUACUACAGUAAGCUUAAGCAUGAGGCAUUGUGCAACUAUAGACCCUAUAGUUGCCCAUACGCUGGGUCAGAAUGCUCUGCUGUUGGGGAUAUUCCUUUCCUUGUUGCCCAUCUCAGGGAUGACCAUAAGGUGGACAUGCACACUGGCUGCACAUUUAACCAUCGCUAUGUGAAAUCCAAUCCAAGGGAAGUGGAGAAUGCUACUUGGAUGCUUACUGUGUUCCAUUGUUUUGGUCAAUAUUUCUGCCUUCACUUUGAAGCCUUUCAGCUUGGGAUGGCCCCAGUCUAUAUGGCUUUCCUUCGUUUCAUGGGCGAUGAGAACGAUGCACGGACAUACAGCUACAGUCUUGAGGUCGGUGGAUACGGGCGAAAACUAAUAUGGGAGGGCACCCCACGAAGUAUUAGAGAUAGUCAUCGAAAAGUGAGGGACAGCCAUGAUGGACUAAUCAUUCAAAGAAAUAUGGCUCUUUUCUUCUCUGGUGGGGACAGGAAGGAAUUGAAACUUAGAGUUACGGGAAGGAUAUGGAAGGAACAAAACCCAGAUGCUGGGGUAUGCAUACCGAACCUGUGUAGCUAAAGACAAGUAUUCUCUUUCUCACGGGCCUACGGUUUUGUGUGUUCUGGAGCUACUGUGCUUUGUACCUAUUCUCUCUUUACCUUUCCUGGUAUAUUGUAAUGGAUGAUUUGUUAAAUAGUAGUCAUAUUGAUAAUUAUUAAUCUUCCAUAGAAUUUGAUUUAGGGAUGAUUUGUUUUUUGAAGUUGUAAUGGAUGUUUGCUUUGUAACUUUAUAGAGAAGUGGAAUAUCAACACAAUUGCCAUGUGCAUCUUCUUUCCCA